AUGCCUGCGCUGUAUCUUGAAGCUCGUCCGACCAUGGCCUUCGCCUACGAUCAUGACGCGGAGUUUUGGGGUGCGUUGAUCAACCCCGACAAGAGUCCGUCGCCUCUGCUCGAGCAACUGUGUCUGGGAAUAGCUCAAUUGAUGACUACGUUUGACAACCUCCCCAUCGCCGACCUCACCCCCGCACGACUGGCGCAGUUCUAUCGAAAAGUCGGCGGCAAUUACGACGUCCUCUUCCUCGAAACCAAACCGUCUGCUCUCUCCUUCAUCUACCAGCGUCUUGGUUGCUUUCAUAGCAUACAGCCCUCGUCCGAUCCGUACAAACCUCCUUCGAUUCCUGCGUUGCAGCCCCACGGUUUCGUGCGCUGGCAGACGAUUCAACUCCUACUAGACCCCGAUGAGCACGUUUCUUAUCUUCAAAAUGCAGUGGAGCGGUGGGAUAUCUUCAGCCCUAACGGCACGUUGUUCCCGAAAACGAUUCCCCGCGAGGCGUUCCCGGGGGGCCCAGACCCAGAGAUGAUCCAGUGGCACGAGACGGUCAGCCAAAAGUUUGAGUUCGAUUACUGGAAGAAGAACCUGAUGGACGCAUCUCCGAAGUCCGAUCCGUACAAUAGCAAGUGCGCUCAGAAGGAGACGCCGACGCCAAAUAAGGAGGAGGAGUUUUCCCAAAAUCACCACCCCCGAGCGUCCAGUCACCGCUACGCAGUACCCGCAGAGGCGCAGACAACCCGCCGCCAUCAACGACGCCAAAGUGCCGACGUCCCAAAAACAUCGCACAAAUCGCAGACCAACCUACUUCAUCGCUCAGCUGAGUUUGUAAGCGGUUACACCUCCCCACGUGCACCAUCUCCGCCGGCAUGGCCAAAGCAUGCAUCGAAAAGCCGAGGCCGCGAGCGCAAGAGCUACUCCCGCCCUGCCAGCCCUGAGUAUGCCCACGGACACAGCGCUUCAGAUGCGUCAUCCGAGGACUCUGGCACUGCAACUCAAGAACCCAUCUCGCCGCGAUACGGCCACCAUCGGAAUCUCUCCCCGCCGCACGCGCCACAUGCCCGCCGGCAUUCCCACGAAGCGUACUCUCGCCGACCGCACCGAGAACUCUCCCCGGACUCUCAGCGACGGUAUGCCUACCGGGAAGCGUUCAAUUUCAGCUCCAACCGGCCCUACGACUCGGAUAGCGGGCGCGGCCCGCGCCAACCAAGAGUCUACAUCGACGAAGUGCGUCAGUCGCGAACCCCAGGGCCAUCUCCUAGCUACGCGGAGCCCGUCUUCCGCGAGUCCGCUACCGUCCCGACGAGCCCUGUCUACGGCCAUGCACACCCCCUUCCUAUCCACCCUAUCCAUCCGCGCUUCGUGAACGUGGCCAGUUCCGGGCCUAACCCGGCAUAUAUGGUGCACCAGCAGAUGCCAAUGCAGGUCCCGCCCGAGCUCGACGCAAACGUUAUGGAUGACCCGCGACGGAACGGAUACCGGGGCAGCCAGACUCCGAAUCCGAGCGGAAGCGGCAGUGGCGUCACGUAUCGUCGGCCACGGUUCGCUUCUGUAGGCGAUUUCCAGCCGCCGGGUUGGUCGAGCCAUGCGGUGCACGGCAAAGGACGACCCGUUCCUCCCGGUGUCUUGGAAGCAGAAUACGGCAGAAGGUCGUCGAUGUAUGACCGAUAA